CGGUUCAGAUGGCUUCGUUUUUGGUGCAAAGUUCGGUGUUGCUGCUCGUGGUGCUGAUGGCCUUCGACUCAACCUGCGCAACAGGUUCCGAGCAGGGUGAUUUUAACCGCGGAAAUCUGGUCCGGGUGGCCAGAAAUCCCCAGCAGCAGCCGUUCCCGAAUUUCCCUCAGCUCCCUUUCGGCAAUCCGGAAAUUGUCUCGCAAGACACGCAAAACAAUAAAAAUGGCUUCACGCAGACAACCAUCUACAAGUUCCCGAACGGGAUGGGAGCGUCCUCGGUGUCGACGAGUCACUCGGGUUCGUCCAAGAUGACUGGCGCUGCCUGGAGCAUGGUGACCCUUAUAGCGGCGGUCGUGAUGAAACAGUUUUACUGAACGAGUGCCCGUGGCGCAUGAAGGCUUCUUUUGAGGCGCAUUAAGUUCGUUUUACUUCUGGCUCGUCGGCCAUUUUAUUUGGUUUUACGUUUUUCGCUUGUACCAGUAUUAACUCAGAAUUUUAGAAAUUUCAAAUGGAAAAGGUUUCUUUUGCAAUUUGGAUAAUGAUUAAAUUUUGAU